AUGCUAUCGCUAUCAACAGCUCUUCGUCGAUCCGUUCGUCAGUUACCGCUGAGGCUACAUACUGAUCCCACCCAGCGUGACAGAUCUCGCUCGCGCCGCCGCUCUCGCAGCCCUCGUCGCAGCCGUCGCUCUUACGAUUCCAGAUCCCGCUCACGCUCGCGUGAUAACUACAGAAGAGACGAACGCAGAUCUCGCUCGCCCGUUAACGGAUCCGCCGCCGCUCCCAACUACGCAGCCAAUAACAACGCGUAUCCUUCCGAUCGUGAAGGAGGUGCCUCAGCAGCUGCUCCUCCCAGAAACUUCGAAGAGCGUGUCGUCGCCAAAGAACAAAUGAUGCAGAACGUGCGCGAACACUCUCAACAAGACCGUCGUGUCUACGUCGGCAACCUCUCCUACGAUGUCAAGUGGCACCAUCUGAAGGACUUUAUGCGUCAAGCUGGUGAGGUGAUCUUCGCCGAUGUCUUGCUUCUCCCAAAUGGAAUGUCGAAGGGAUGCGGAAUUGUGGAAUAUGCAACCAGAGAUCAAGCUCAAAACGCGGUCAACACUCUCUCGAACCAGAACCUCAUGGGUAGACUGGUCUACGUUCGCGAGGACCGUGAAGCAGAGCCCCGCUUCAGCAGCGGCGGUCAAGGUGGUGGUAUGCGCGGUGGCUUCCAAGGAGGCAUGCGCGGUGGCUUUGGCGGCGGCUAUGAUGCUAUGGGCGGUGGCUCUGGCAUGAUGGGCGGAAGCCGCCAGAUCUACGUCUCCAACCUUCCCUAUACUGUUGGCUGGCAAGAUCUCAAGGACCUCUUCCGUCAAGCUGCUCACACUGGCACUGUCGUCCGUGCUGAUGUCCAUGUCACUCCCGAUGGCCGCAUGAAGGGCUCAGGUAUCGUCGCCUUCGACAACCCUGACGACGCUCAGGUCGCCAUUCAGCAGUUCAACGGAUAUGACUGGAACGGUCGCAUUCUUGAAGUCAGAGAAGACCGCUUCGCUGGCCCGCCCGGCUUCGGUGGCGGCCGUGGUGGCUUCAUGGGCGGACGUGGAGGUUUCGGUGGACAGUUUGGUGGUCGUGGUGGCUUUAUGGGCCGUGGCGGCUUUGGUGGACAAUUCGGUGGUCGUGGAGGGUUUGGCGGCGGUUUCGGUGGUGCGCCUCCUGGCGGGUUCCACGGUGGUCCCCCUCCUGCUCCCGCUCCUCCUAACCCCUUCACCGAUUUUGCAACCUCCGGUGGCGAGCCUGGACCUGUCAUCUACGUCCGUAACCUGCCCUGGUCUACUAGCAACGAGGAUCUGGUCGAGCUCUUCACAACCAUCGGCAAGGUCGAACGUGCUGAGAUCCAGUACGAGCCUAAUGGCCGCUCGCGCGGCACUGGUGUCGUCGAGUUCGGCAGCGCAGAAGAUGCCGGCACUGCCAUCACCAAGUUCUCUGGAUACCAAUAUGGUGGUCGCCCUCUUGGUCUGACCUACGUCAGAUACUCCAACCAGCAGCCUGCAGUGGACCCCAUGCAAGGCCAAGAACAGACUGGCGGCAUGCCCAUGGGUCUUACUCAGGAUCAAAUUAUGUAA